UUAUAAAAAUUUCUUAUUCAAAAUGGAAUCUAAGAAGUUCCCUUUGCUUCCUGGGUACGCUCCUACUCACGAUCCUACUCUGGUAAAUUGGAAGAAGACUUCUCACGUUAAGUUGGAGAAGAACUCUAUGCCUACAACGAAGAAGGCUCCUAUAGAGGCUAUUCCAAUUCCUAUUCAUACUGAUUUUAACCCUGAGAAGACCCAAGAGUCCAAGAGUUUCAGCCAGUCAACCUACCAGAACCCUUUCGGAACAGGAGACAUCACAGAGAAGUUUGCCCCAGCUUACCAAAAGCUAGACAAGCAAGUGCUCAAGUUCAAUGGGUAUUUCCAAGAAAGUGUUGUUGAAAGUGCAACUGAAAACUAUCGAGUCAGAGUUGUCUCCAUCUAUUAUUAUCUCGAAGACUCCUCAAUCAUGAUUUCCGAAAUGAAGCAGACUAACUCAGGAACUCCUCAGGGCACUUUCCUUUGAAGACAAGUCGUUAAUAAGCCAGGAGAAGAAGUCCCCAUCGAGUUCGAAGACUUCAGGGUCGGCGAAACCAUUAAUAUUUUCGGAAGAAAUUUCAAGCUCACUGACUGUGAUAAAUUCACAAGGAAUUACUAUGCCAAUGUAGGUAUUGAGCAGCCUGGGCCAGAAGAAGUUCCAGUCGAUUCAUUCACCAAGUCGCAGGUCAAGCCAGCUCCAAAGAAAGACGCUGCCAUGCUCGACUAUCUGGAGCACACUCUUGGUGGUGGCAGAGUCAAGUCACAAAAGCAGUUCCUUGAUAAUGACAGAAAAGUAUUGAGGUUCUUCACCUACAGUGACGAAGAACCCUAUGUCAUCCACUAUUACCUUGCAGAUGACACCAUCGAAAUCAGAGAAGUCAACUUCGCAAACAGUGGAAAGCACAGCUUUGCUCUUCUGUUGCGCAGACAGAAACUUCCAAAAGUAUUCUCGGUGGGACAGCCAGGACUUGACACCAACGAAGAAAGCUACCUCACUGAAGACGAAAUCAAGCCAGGAGAUGCCAUCAUUGCAUUCGGAAGAAGCUUCAAAAUCACUGGAGUUGACGAGUUCACACAGAAGUACUACAAAAAGAACUACAACCAGCACUUCCCUCUGACAGACGCUUCGGGAGCAAGCUACGGAGACCACCCUCCUCCAGUGGCAAGGGCGGAGCCUCCUCCAUACAAUGGGUUCGGAGACGAAGAAGACACUCUGGGCUAUGUCAAGAAGCUGCUUCCAGAGAAGCCGAAGAAAGACUUCUUCAAGUAUGUUGACAACGACAAGAAGACUUUCAGAUACACAGCCAGGUUCAACACCCAGAUCCCUGAAGAUGUCGACAGAAGGUUCAUCAUCUGCUUCUUCUUGGCCGAUGACACCCUGAGCAUCUUCGAGCCGGCACAGAAGAACUCAGGAGUUGUGGGUGGAAAAUUCUUGGAAAGAAGAAAAUACAAGAAGAAGAACGGAGAGUUCAUCACUCCGAGCGACUUCGUCAUCGGAGGAGAUGUUGUCAUCAAUGCUCACUCCUUCCAUAUUCUGAACGCUGAUGAGCAAUAAUCGAAAGUUGUCAAUUAAUCAUGAUUUUUGAGGGGUUUUG